CAACUUUGUCAGCGGGGCUCCCACGGAAGUUUCCUCACGCAACAAGCGCAGAAUAUUACACCGAACCGGAGUCUGUCCCAUUAUAGAUUCUUCCUCCUGCUACACGAGAAAUAGUGUCAGCUUGCAUAUUCAACAGACACUCAAACGUUAACCAUGCCACUUACGAGAAGCCAGGCAGCUCAAAGAAAUAAUUCAGUCAGCAACAAGUUACAUCCGACACUUGGAUCCAAAACGACAAAGCGUACCAAAAGGCGAAGGCAAGCUGCCACAUCAAAGAACUCGAAAGAACAUAAUAUAAAAACAUCGCCCAAAUCUGACAAUUUAAAAACGAAAAUUGAUGAAAUAAUUUGGAAGUUGAUAGAACAAUAUUUUCCCGUUUGGUUAAAGAUCGUUCUCACUCCUUUUAAAGCUAAUUCAUUGGCUGUUUGUGUUGUGGUUGUAUUGACCGUGGCUAUUUAUCCUUUUUGGGGUAAAAUUGUAGCAUCAUUUUCGGCGAUUUGGAAAAGACAAGCGAGCGAGAUCAAUAAUAUGUAUGUUAAUGAGGUCUCGUGGCCCCCAAGACAUCGUUGGAUCUGGAGAGAUGAAGUCUCCAACAUCACAGAACAUAUUCAAGUGUUUUCCAGAAAUCACCCAAGAAAGCAAAUUCACGUCUAUUUUAUUGGUGGUCCUGGUGCAGGGAAAUCAGAACUUGCUCGCCAAGUAGGCCUUCGUUUAUACAAGUCUAAAAGGCACAACAAUAGACCGCUUGACGUCGUGACCAUUGAAGCAAGCAGCAUGGCAUCUCUUUUGUCGAGUCUGACAAGAGUAGUCUUGGCGCUCUACAGUAACUCAAGCACAAAAUCCAACGGAAUCAAGCAAAUGCAAGAAGAGUUCGAUUUCAAAAUGGCUGACAUGUUUUCUAUUGAGGGUGAACAAAAAACUGAGAUGAAGCUAAGAAUUCGUUUGGCGAAAUUAAUGGAGUUAUUUUCGGAACGGAAAAGCCGACCAGUGGUAAUCUUUGACAACGUCAAAGACCUGAAAUUGUUAUUUAAUAACUUAAAUCUUGAGCCAGGAAGCAGUCAAUUUGUGGCUACUGUGAUGGUUACCCUACAAAAGCGGGUCCCUCUUAAUCGACUUAGCUCCUAUGUUCAAGUGUGGGACCUUUAUGAAGGUAUGUCUCAAGGGGACUCUGUCAAACUGUUACAAGUGAUGACAGGUUUGCGAGAAGAUAACGCGAGCCUUGAUCUCGCAAGGAUGCUUGAUUUCCAGCCUCUCGCCUUAGAAACUGCAGCUAUUUAUAUUGAGAGUGUGCGGGAAGGUCCGCCAAGAAGAUGGGACUACACCUUCGCAGAUUACAUCUCAGAAUUCCAAAGGGAUAUCCAUUCCCUCGGGAUGGAAGAAGAGGUAGAAUGGCAGGAAAGUGAAGCUUCUAAGUAUCCGAUACCCAUGUAUGCAGCCACUUUAAAAGCAGUUAAUCGUUCCGCUCAACGAGACCCUGUGUUUCGAGACAUCGUUUGUAUUGGGUAUACGGAUUCCUCACCAUUAAGCUUAUCAUUUGUGUUAGAUUACUUGAAAAGAAAUUCCAGAGAAGAAUUUACAGAAUCCCAAAUUCGUAAUUCUUUAAGAAAUGUUCUGUUCAAGGUUACAGGCAAACAGGGACAACAGAGUUUAUCCAGCCACCAAGUUAUCCGAGAAGCAUUCCGGCAAAUAUGCAAGUGGAGCAACGAAAGGAAAGAACGAAGAGCUGGUGACCUCCCUUAACAAGACAUCUGCAGGGAUUACAAGAAUGAUUUCCGAUGGAACUGUACCUGGAAAUUUAAGUUUUCCUGUAAUUUUUCUGGACAUCUUGGGCUCGAUGUACAGAAGCUUAGGAUAUCCGUACAAAUCUAAAGAUUUUCAUAAACUUGCUCUGGAUAUGUCGAAUAAGCAGAAAAACAAACAUGUUUUGCUGACCGCGAAAGGAUUACAAUCAGAUAAUCAAUAUCUAAUGGACAAAGCGAGUACUCUACACAAACUUGGCAUCAUCUACCGUUAUCUGUCCGACUUAGACAUCGCUCAAGCCUACCACGAAAGCUCUCUAUAUUUGCUUCUAAAAUUAUUUGGCUCAAGUCAUCCCUACGUUGCGGGCUCUUUGCUUAACCUGGCAGUGGUUUACAGUCGGCAAGGAAAGUAUAGCAAGGCUCUUGCACUGUAUAACCAAUCUCUUGAGAUACUCGUGGACAUUAACGGCCCGCGGCAUGUGAGUUUGGGCAGAGUGUUAAACACGAUUGGGAUUGUUUAUUACAGGCUUGGGGAUUUUCCAUAUGCUAUAUGCUACUCUGAGAGAGGUUUGGAAAUCCUAGAGGCAGGACACGGAAAAUACCACCCUCAUGUUGCUGAGGCGUUGAACUUUUUAGGAUUUAUGUACAGAGACCAUGGGAACCUGGAAAAGGCUAAGAAAGUCUUAGAACAUUCUUUGGAAAUCAAAGAAAAGGUUUUUAAUGCCGAACAUUUUAUUGUGGGCGAGGCGUUAAAUGACCUCGGGGUUGUGUACAC